CGCUGUGAUUGACAGGAGCUGCCCACUGCUCUCCCCUCAGCUGGCUGCGUUCACUGUGUUUCUCCCCCUGCCAGUCUACCCCUUUGCUUUGCAGCCCAGUGGUGCCUUCUGCUAAAGAGGCAGAGGGAGAGAGAGGGAGAGAGAGAAAAAAAAUUAAAGCAAGGAUUGCAAAGGAGAAGCAUCGCCAAUGCGGAAAUACAUGGACAUCACAUGUCCCCGAGUCCAUUCUUGUCCAAAGAUCUGCUAGCGUUGGAGUCUGCAGAAGGAUUGCAAUCAAAGAUAUUGACUUUCCAAUUUAUUAUUGUUUUUGGAGAGGUUUGCUUUGCAUUGCCUGGAUGACCAAAGACUGGCUGCUUUUUGGGUGCUAAUUGCAGCGGGAUCCGAUCUGCUCCUCAUUGUCAUCAAUAAUCACCCCCUUCUCCCUUUCCCCUCCCUCCCCCCCCCCCCUUCUCGCCCUUUCCCUUCUCCCCCCCCCCCCUCCCCCCCCCCCCCCUUCCUCGCCCACCCCCCCCUUUCCCAUUUCUCCAUCAUCAUCAUCAUCAUGGAUGUUUUGGCGAAUUACAGUAUAUUCCAGGAGCUGCAACUUGUCCACGACACUGGUUAUUUCUCUUCGCAGCCUUCUUUAGAGGAAAACUGGCAGCAGACAUGCUUGGAGUUGGAGCGAUACCUUCAGACGGAGCCCAGGAAGCUGUCGGACCCUCUGCUGGAGUGCGUGCUGAGCGCCUCCUCGGCGAUCAGCGGGGAGGAGGAUCUGUCGGACACUCUGCAGCCCCUCGAGCUGAGGAAGCACCCGGACAGAAGCCACCUGCCUUCGACCCCCACCUCGCCACACAAGCUCCCGCCAGAGGCACCCUUCACCCUGCAGACCACAGCGGAGCCACCCAUCGAUCCCCCCGCCCUGGUUAACCCGGCCCAGCUCAACGCCGUCACAUCGCUCACCCCUCCUUCCUCGCCCGAGCUGGGCAGGCACCUGACCAAGCCGCCCCACCUCCCGGUGGCCGACGGCGGGCCGGUCAAGGCCGUCCAGAGGAAGGCAGGCCUCGGCCUGGUCAAGGGCCUGACCAAGGGCGGGCAGGGCGAGCUGGAGAUCUCCCCUGACAACAAGAAGAGGGUCCACCGCUGCCAGUUUAAUGACUGUCGGAAAGUUUACACCAAGAGCUCACACUUGAAGGCCCACCAGAGGACGCACACAGGUGAGAAGCCCUACAAGUGUUCCUGGGAAGGCUGUGAGUGGCGAUUUGCAAGGAGUGAUGAGCUGACCCGACACUAUCGGAAGCACACGGGAGCCAAGCCCUUCAAAUGCAACCACUGCGACAGAUGUUUCUCCCGGUCGGAUCACCUGGCCCUUCACAUGAAGAGACAUGUCUGAGCCGAGGGUAGGACCCACAGGACAGGCAUGACUGUUAACGGGAGACGGACUUCUUUGCGAAGAGCACAGACAUACGGUUGCCUUAUUGCCAUGUUGCAGUGAGCAUGUGUGCAUACACACCCGUGCGCGCGCACUCUUAACUCCAGAUGCAAACACAACACACUCUCUCUCUCUCUCUCUUGGCCUUGCCUUACCCAGUCGAUUAGACACUGCCAAACAGUUGCUGAUUUACAAUGCAUUUGGAUUUCUGUUGCCAUGGAAACCAAAGGGGAUUACAAACCUGACACCACUUUGCCAAGCGUUUGCUGUGUGGACGCAUCCAUCACCCGGCCUCCUGACUGUGGAUUCCAACAUUCUCUGCUCCGCUCCACAUACACACCGGCCAACGGCAGGCUUCAGAAGACUGACUGGCAGGAGUUGCAAAUGGAAGCAAUGGUGAUGGCGACCAGGGUAUGGCAUCGGCUCUGCACAAUGCCAACUUCUUGUGGACUUCUCCGUGACUGUUGUGACUGUUGCAGGACGGGACACCCGCUUGGGCAUGCUCUGAAGGGAACAUCUUAAUGCUGAAGUCGAAGGUCGCUGACAGGCCAUUCCCACAAUCCCUCCACUACCCCUUUCCUCAACCUUCCUCACGCACAUGAAACGCCCCGGAACAGUGGGCAGUCCCCGGUGACAUCCCGACCCGGCCACACUUCCCCAAGUGCUGCUCCGAAAACUCUGGGCUGCGCUGGGCUGCGCUGGGAUGGGAUGGAUGUGGAUGGAUGACUUAACAAAUGUCUGGCUGAUAAAUGACCCAGGCUGUGUAGACAGCUUCUAAUAGGUGGGAGGGGAGGAGGAGGGCUUGCUGAAAACGCUCAUUCAAGGGGAUUUCAACCUCUGCCUCUAUUUGUAAAGGGCAAUGCUUAAUUGACCAUUGUGGAUUAGGGGCCUGUUGCCAUUGUAACUUUAAAGGAUACUGCCCUCCCCUCCCUUCUUCCCUUUAAGUAACACGUGUUCCCGUUGUGAUGCUCCAACCUUUGGUUGAUGUGCCAACACAUCCAACCUCUCUCCUAUCUCUGGCCUCCUCGCCUUCUCCCUUUCCGUUUCGAUCGGAAGCACGGUGACUAAGUCAGUUUCUGAUGGCAACGGCGUGCCAAGUCAAGCCCCCCCACCCCCCCCCCCUUCAGCUGCCUGCCUUGUGUCAACGGUGCACAGCUCAAGGCCACCCUGGCAAACCAAAGAAUGGGAUAAACAACCAGCAUCGAGGAACACCGGUCCCUUCUCCCAACCACACCUCCACAGGCCUUCCCACACAUCACUGGUUACACCAUGGAUAUUCACUGCACUGUUGGAACCAGGGACUUGUUUGGUGCCCACUGACCCGCCCACUAGAGUUGAAGGGAACACAGUGACUCCCAGCCUACCCGGUCUUAACACCUGGCCCGAGUCUUCCACCAUUCUUGUGGCCUUGCCUUGGUCAAUAAACACCUGGUAUCAUGAUAGCCAUGCUGCUGUUGAUGGGAAGAGUGUUCCCUGAUGAACGUUUCUAAUGGAAGGGAUAGGGUAGAUGGCUUUCAGGGAGGUGCCUAGCACUGGGUAAUUCCUUGCAAUGGGUAAGACAUUGGGUCACAGUUUGACCAGAUCCUUGGUCAACUGGGCUUGUGUCGGCUUUUCUGUUUGUCGAACCCAACUGCGCCAACCCCAUCAAUAGUAGAUGGAGAGGAGAGAGCUAUGGCCAAGAAUCCUUCCUUCCAAUUAAUGAACCAGAGGUGAGCCAUCGUCCUUGCUAACUGGGAAAGAGAUGUGUGUAAAAUGCUAAGGUACCUGUGCAUCAUAGCAGGAAUUAAAUGAUAAAGCCUGUUCCACCCUCAGCUUUCAUUAACCUCCCUGUAUCCGGGCUACCAGACUACUUUCUUUUUGACCGCUGGGUUAUGCCUUGCCCCAAAGUUAGACCCACUAGAUCUGAACCAUGGUGCGUGGGCAGUUUACUGUGGCUGGACUCUCCUCAACACAACUCACACUUGCUAGGUGUUACCAACGAGAGUCCGCAAGGGCCCUGCCUCACUGAGAAUCGUGCCUUACCUAAGUGCAGGUCCCAGACUGCCGCCCCUCAUCCACGGAGGCAUCAACCUACAAGGCACCCAGCAGACCUCCAGUUGUUCCCCUUAACAGCUCUUCUGGAGGCUUCGACCAUUCUCAGCUUGGCCAGCCACUCACGAUAACCAUCAAACAGUAAGGGACACACACGCACCUUGGAUAUCCCAGUAAGGUCUACCUUCACCAACCAUGUUCCAUUCUUACUGGCUUAGUUUGUUUCUGGGGUAUGGGAGGGGAGGGGAGGGGGAUUCUUUCAAUGUAGAUUAUGAGGGGGGGGAAACACAACUGGCUGGCAUUUUUUUUUUUUAAAUUGACACUUUAAUUUCCCUUUGGAGACCUGAACCAUGCUGAAUAUAUCCAAACGGGCAAGUUGUAUUUGUUUUUGAAAGUAUCACUUUGUUUCACUGAACAAUGAUUGGAACUCUUUCCUGGACAUUUUCAGUAGCUCAGAAAUCUGAACACCAGUGUUUAUUAUAUUGUAUAGAUUGAAUAUUUAUUGUGUUUCCUCUCUCUCUGCCUCAUGUUAUCUAUGUCUUAUUCUGUGUGGUUAUUUUCCCUCUCUGAUCCGCCAAAAUAUCACCCACAACGUCGCCGAGAAAGGCGAAAGUUUUGCCCAAACCUAUCAUCAUUUUGCAAACUGCUGGAGGUGACUGAGAACCAUUGCAAGUUUGGAAAUGGAGGAUUUGGUUCAUUAAUUGUCCACCUCUCAUUGUUCUCACCCCAUUCCAUUGAGAUACUUCCCUUUUUGUAACUGAAUAUAUAUUAUUUUUCUUUUGGAAGUCAAAUCCAGCCUGUGUUUGGACAGAUCCUUCCGGAUGGAUUUGUGCAUUCCAUCAAUCCAAGAUUUUGAUUGGAUAUUUACUCUAUCAAGUAGUCACACUGAUAGAGCCACAACACGAAAAUGCCCAAUCGGAUCGAUUAGAUUUCAGUUGCCAUGAUAACCAGUUUAAAUGGCGAUUGGUGAUUUUCACUCCUAGCUCAUUGCACUUGCAAGAACCCUGAGCUCGUGGCUCAGUUGGGUCUGUGCAUCAACACUGUCGAUGGACAGUCCGCAGAGUGAGUGAAGCACUGGCCACCAUUGUUGAGUGGUGCACUCCAAGCAGAAUUGCUGGUGCACCUCCAGGGCAUUAGCACUGGGAACUUGCGUCUCAAUCAUUUCCCCAGGUGGGAGGGAGGGGCAGUCGGGGCUGUCAUGUACUGUUAUAUCUUCUCACUUUCCUGGUUCCAAAUAUGCCAAUUGUGCCGAAUGUUCCCUUCAAGCCGUUCAAUGCCAAUGGCCUGUUAUUAAUGGUGUUUACUCCUCUCCCUCAAACCCUGGCUUCCAAGUCCUGGUGUUUGGCUGGUUCCCGAUGAUUAACCUAGUAUUGAAGCCAAUGUAACCGUGUGGCAUGGGGAUGGGGGGGAUAGUAGUUCACAACAAUGUCUAUCCAGCCCUUACCCACCUGUCCUCCUCAGUCCAAAGCCACACACUAUUCCUCCCUUCUGAGAACACUUGUGCUGCUGUCUGCUCCCCUCCUGCAGCCUUACUACAGAAGCAGCAGUGGCGUUUUAGAGUUACGACAGGAUUUGACCAGAAGGCCCCAAUUACUUGAGCCUGCCCUCGGCUCAGCAUCUUCCUGAUGCCUUCCAUCUCUGGAUCAUGCACGUUGGUUCAUGAGCCUUCCCUUGUCAACACUCCAACAUGCCCAAUGGAAGCCCUGUGUUACUGCAGAUGGGCCCGAGUUACAGAGAGCCCAGAUAGCAAAAUGCCCUCUGCCUCACCCUUAUUGGCUCCUCCCCUCCCACCCCAACACUUGGCAUCCUUGCAAACCCUCGGCUCCGUGAGGUAACAGGACAGUCGAUGUUGUCCACUGAAUCUGAGGUCUACCAUUGCCUGCUGACUGCCUUCCACUAGAAAGUGGAGAUCAAGCACAGUCACUCACGGUGACCUCUGACCUGCAGCACCGUGGUUGCCAAUUCUGGUCCUUCAUACUCCUUGACCUUUGCCACGUGAUCGGCAAACAUCCUGCCACUGGUCACUUGAUUUGCCCAUCCUCACUGUACACCAGUUGUGCUGGCCACUUGGAAACUGGACAAUGGUUUCUGAAACUGUCCGGGCCACUUCUUGCCUUGGUCGAGCAUCCUCUCCAAUUCCCCUUAAUUUACCAAUACCAGGCAAUGAAAAAUUCCAAAGACAGUUAAUGAUUUACUCUACCCUUUGACAUUUCCGCAGAUAUUUGCAUGCAACAGUCUCCCAAAGAUCUAGUUCCUGCAGUUGAGCUUCAUGCCUGAUUAUCCUCACAGGGCAAGGCUCCAAUUUCAAUGGGAGAAGGUUGCCUCCUCCCUGUCGUUGGAGGGCAGGGGUGAGGUGGUGAAUGGCAAGCAAUGGUCUUGCCCUCCUUUUCUCCGGGUCCUGUAACCCUGCCUACCAGCAGUGUAGCCAGCCCAAAGAUGGGAGAGUGAUAUACAGCAGGCACUGGUCGGGGCCAGGCCUAACCUCGAUAAAUAUAAUGUUCACAAUAGCAAGCUUGUUAAUUGAGAGCAACUAUUAUAUUCAUGUGUAAACACUGAUCUACCCCUCGUGUCUCUGCCCUCUCCAAUUUCCUGCCUUUGAACUAUAACAACAAAGCCUAAUAUGUAUCCAAGGCGACCUUCUUGGAAUUGUCUUAGGCCAAACUCUAGUUGAAAAUAUGUCUCCUGUGUUCUGGUGCAUAAUUCUUUAAUGCCAACGUAAGGCUUUACAUUUAUAAUCGAGGGAUCAAAUAUAACCACGUCUUUCAGCUGUUUAAUUGUGUUUUUAUUAUUGGUAUGGAUUAGGGUCAGUUCUAUACAGGGUACCUACUCCACUCUGACUCCUGUUUCUAUAUAUUUUCUGUUUCCUUGUCCUGUUACUUUACUUUGGGUUAGUUCUUUUAUUUUGUGUGUCUAUGUGUUUGCAUUGGAGGGUUGGGACAUUUGUUUGGAACGCGAAGCAACUCUAUCUGCAGGAGUCUGGCUGUGCGCGUGUGUAUAAAAUAUGGUUCUUUUCCUGUGCUUAUAGCGGCUCCUGAGGGAGGUCAUUGUUCAGUUCCUGGAACAUUCAGGGCAAUCCCAGAGGGUCGGUAACCCUACCCUGUGAUGAUGGAGAAAAAUUGAGAUGUAGAGUUUAUCGUAACUCUGAAAUUUCUGCUGCACACCCCCCCCCCCCCCCCCCCCUCCCCCCUUACUAUUUCCUGGCAAUCCUCCCCUUCCCUUUGGUGCACCCCAUGUAUGGCAGCUGAAAUAAUU